CCGCCGUGCACGGCUCGCUGAUAGAGACCGACAUCCCCUGCAAGGUUUACAUCCUCCACAUCAACGAGCAGCUCCCGCCCGCGGAACGUUUCGUGAUCCAGGACCUCGACGAGACCCACCUCCUCGUGCAGCCCCACAGGCUCGAGUAUGUCAAGGCGGAGGUGAAGGCGUGGCAGCAGAAGAACCAGUUCACCCCACCCACGGAUCUCCGCCAGACGUGAGCUAUCCCGAUGGGCGUGGCGACUGUAACUCCGGUGAUCGCCGCGCCGCGCCCGACGCAUCGGCCCGGGGGGCGUAAAUCACGCGUCGUCCGCGCCAACGCUCUCGAGAUCGCCGACGUGGUCCGAGUCGCGAGCGACGGCGGGGUGGUUUUGGCGGGAUACGUCGCGAGCGACCUCGUGGCUCAGGCAUCGGAGACCCGAAGCGCGGAGCGGAGCGCGGAGGAGUGCCGCGUCGACGUCGAUUGCGAGAUACCCCCGACCCCGCAGGGGCUGGACGUCAUACGGCUGAACCGGUACGCGGCGUUCGGAUGGUUCGACGGAUGCAUCUCUCACGUGUUCAUAGGGUGGCUGGACGCGGCGAGCUCGGGUUGGACGAGCAACGAGGCGGCGCGGUGUUUCGAUCAGGUGGUCGUCGACAUGGCGCUGUUCUCCCCGGUGUGGUGCGCCUUGUUCCUCAUAUCGAUGGAGGCGAUGAUGAUGGACACCAGACUGCCGCUGAGGGCCGCGGUGUCGGCGAGGCUCAAGGGGGAGUACAGCGAACUACUGCUCGGGAACCUGGGGUUUUGGAUCCCCGCAAACGCGGUGGUGUUCGGGCUGGUAGCCGUGGACUACAGGGUGGCCGCCUUCAGCGCGAUCAAUUUCGCGUACACCGUGCUGCUGUCCAUAUGGGCGGAAGGGGAUAAAGAUAAACCGCAGGAGGCGGCGGAUAAGGAGAAGGUCGAGACGAAAGAGAUCGAGACCGUAGAUCAGAUUUAGAGCUAUUUCCGUUGCCGAAACGG